UUAAAUAAGCGCUAGCCCUCUCGCUUGUGCAACCUCCCAGCCCCUUUCUUCUUCAUCUUCUCCGGGGACUUGCUUAUUUGGCGAACAACGAUUCGGCGCCGCAGCGAGUGACCCGCGAACUCCUCGGCCACACCACUACGAACCCCGGACGGCAGUGGGGCAAACCUCACGAUCGAGUUGUGACGGCGCGAGCUCCUUCUUCUUCGUUGAAGCCCAUCACGAGCAGUGAUUCGUUCAGACGAACUUUAGGCGGCUAUUUGUCUUCCUAUCUCUGGCGAUUCGUGACUGCAAGUAAUUACUAACAACCCGACCAGCGGCGUGGCCUCUGCUCCUUGCGUUUUGGCAGGCCACCAAUUUAUCUCAUUCGCCAAGACAUGGAAGUAAACCUUGGAGGCAUUCCUUUUGACUUGGACUUCCAUCCGUCUGAGCAGUUGGUCGCAGCUGGUCUGAUUGACGGCAAUCUUCUCUUGUACCGUUAUAGUCCAAAUGCUUUACCCCAAAGGCUCUUGAAAGUUCGUGCACAUAGUGAAUCUUGCAGAGCUGUUCGAUUCAUCAAUGGCGGACGUGCAAUUUUGACUGGUUCUCCAGACCAUUCCAUUCUUGCUACAGAUGUGGAGACUGGUUCUGUUAUUGCUCGUCUUGAAGAUGCUCAUGAUGAUGCAGUCAAUAGAUUGGUCAACGUAACUUCAGAAACCAUUGCUUCAGGAGAUGACAAUGGGUGUAUCAAGGUAUGGGAUACCAGACAACGAUCUUGCUGCAAUUCGUUUGAAGCUCAUGAAGAUUAUAUUUCAGAUAUGACCUACUCGUCUGAUUCCAUGAAACUUUUGGCUACAAGUGGAGAUGGGACUCUAUCUGUUUGCAACCUCAGGAGAAACAAGGUCCAUGCUCGGUCCGAGUUUUCAGAAGUUGAGUUGCUAUCUGUUGUUAUCAUGAAGAAUGGACGUAAGGUCAUCUGUGGAUCACAAACUGGAACUCUAUUAUUGUAUUCAUGGGGUUGCUUCAAGGACUGCAGUGAUCGCUUUGUUGAUCUCUCUCAAAACCCUGUGAAUGCGUUGCUAAAGCUUGAUGAAGACAGGGUCGUUGCUGCAUCUGAGAGUGGACUCAUCAGUCUGGUAGGCGUAUUACCCAACAGAAUAAUCCAACCAAUUGCAGAACACUCUGACUAUCCUGUGGAGCGGCUUGCUUUUUCCCAUGAUAAAAAGUUUCUCGGCAGUAUUUCACAUGAUUAUAUGUUAAAGCUAUGGGAUAUGGAUUUAUUGCAAAGUUCUGAAAACGUUUCAAAUGGUCCGGCCGUGGUAGCUGCAGGUGCAAGUGCCAGUGACAAUCUAUUUGCUUUCAUGGACUAGAAGAGAGAAGACCUAAAGCGUAGGAAGGAUCCAAAGAAUGGUUUGAACAAAUCGUCAAUUUAUAGUAUUAUGCUGGUUAGGGAUGUUGGGUUCAGCUCCUUCAGGGUGCAUUUAGGAUAGUAUUUAUAUGGGUUUGAAUAUGAUGCUACAACUGCAAUUUUUUGAUAUAUGGUGCCAACAAGUGAUUGUUGAUUUUCUCCAUGAACCUGUUGAAGAGAGAGUGGUUAGGUGCGUUUGCUACACUUUUCUUUUAAAAAAAAUCAUCUUGGCUUUGUAACAUUUUUGGUUUUCCUUGGAUGUUGGAUAUUUAUGUUCUUAAUGUUAUUGUUGGAUUGUAAUUUUCGAUUCAGAAUUAAA